UGCAGUCCGUCGAUACGACAAUGCAACGACGUGCGGGCUGGUGUGGACGGCCAAUUUCGUGGCGUAUCGCUGCAGGACGUGCGGCAUCUCCCCGUGCAUGAGUCUGUGCGCCCAGUGCUUUCAGGAAGGGAACCACGAGGGUCAUGAUUUUAACAUGUUCCGGUCACAAGCUGGAGGAGCGUGUGACUGUGGCAAUUCCGCCGUCAUGAAGGAGUCAGGGUUCUGCCACCGACACGGAUCCCAAGCGCAGCUAAACAAACCCGAGGUACCGCCGGACCUGCUGGCCAUCGCCGACGCCAUGAUGCCUCGAAUAUUCUUGCGGUUCAUCCAGCACUGUCGAGAGCACAGUUGUGCAUCACUAGAUAAGGUUCUCGAAGCGAUGGAGGAGUCUUCGUUGUACCUGGACCUCCUUCAGGACCUCAGUCGUCUAGGGGCAGCUAUGAGAAAGAUAAUGACUAAGUCUUUAUGCAAUCCAAAUGUAUAUACUGAUUUAACUCAACCGUCCUCAAACUCCAUGAAUAAUGAGUAUUUGAAGCAAAAUAAAACUUGGUAUGAAGAGGCUCUCAAUAGUAUACCUUUCGGUGAAGUUCCUCCAGGAUACCAAGAUAUACCUACCCUAAACGGCCCCCUGGUCCACAAGACGUUUUUAGAUGAGAUAGUAUUUUGGACUGUUAAAUUUGAGUUUCCUCAGAAACUGGUUUGUCUACUUUUAAACAUGCUCCCAGAUACUGAGUAUGAGGAUGCCUUUGCAAGAGCAUUUGUGCAGCACUAUAGUCGCAUAUCUGUGAUGUUGGUACAAAGUACAGAUUCAGAAACCCUAAGCAACCGUGUUGUCCAUGUGUCUGUACAGCUGUUCUCAGAUCAAGAUUUAGCUUACCGCAUGACUGACUCAUUCCACCUUCUCCAUGUGAUGAUUGUUAGCCUCAAGAACAUGAUGAAGUCGAUCUGUGUGCCAUCUACUCUGCAUGAUAAAUUGCGGAAUACCCAUAGGGUCGUGAACUGUGGUGAUCAUGUAAUGAAAAACCACUGCUACUGGCCACUGGUAUCAGACCUUAACAAUGUACUCUCACACAAGCCCAUAGCUGUCAAAUUUAUGAGUGACCAAAGACUCAUACAGGAAUGGUUUUCAUUUCUGUCCAUGUUCCAAGGAAUGAAUGUCAAUGUAAGAGAACUGACACAGCACAUUGAGUUUGAACCUCAAACUUACUAUGCAGCCUUCAGUGCUGAGCUGGAGGCCUCUGCUUCACCCAUGUGGGCCCUCGUCUCUCACCUCAGAGACUCUGAAACUAGACACUAUACAUUCUCUGUCUUAAAGCAGUGUCUUCAUGCUCUCAAUAACUGGUUCAAUGCAGUUGGCUUUGCUCAUUCUGACAUGGGUGAUCCCUAUCAGGUCUCAUUCCACCUUCCGUUGCACCGAUACUACUCUGUAUUCAUGUGCCAGGCUGUGAGAGCUCAAGGGGCUCGGUUGGAAGAGGUGCUCCCUCCACAGGAUUUGCUUCAUCUGAUCAUGGUUCAUCCACUGAGAUUACAGGCUGCCUUCUACGAAAUCCUGAGUGGCAUUUGGGUACGGAAUGGAUUGCAGAUUAAGGGCCAGGCUAUGACGUACAUUCAGUGUCAUUUCUGUAAUUCUAUGGUAGAUGCUGACCUGUACCUUCUUCAGAUCUGUGCUGGGGAACUUCCUCCAGAUAAUUUUAUCAUGACCGUGUUGGAUAGGUUUCAUGUAUUGGAGUCACUGAGUAUGUCACCCAGAGCUUCCAACAGCUUUCUGGAUUCUGAACAUGAAAUGACAAUUAUAGAAUCAUGCCUCACUUUUCUUGCAACUCUUAUGACUGUAAGAACUAACAUUGGUUUGAGUGAAAGUGAACUUGCACAGCUGGAGAUGGUCACUUUGUUGUGCAUGGGAGACAAAACUCACUCACAGUUGAUGGAAUAUAUGCCAGAGAAAUGUGGAAGUGCAGCCCAGAGCCGAGACUUUGAGACUGUACUCAGUAGGGUAUCCUCAUAUAGAGCACCCAACUUUGAAGCUUCAGGAACAAUGCAGCAAGGAAUGUAUAUCCCUAAAGAUGAAGUUUGGGAGAAUCUGUAUGACCCAAUCUAUGUUCUCCUACGAGCAGUUCAAAGAAGAGAUUUCCAGGCUUCUCUUGAUAGAUUCAAAUUGUACUGUAAGCAGUCUGGUAACAUGAGUAAUUCAGGGAGCCUGUGGCCCCCGUUCCGGUUGCCAAGCCCAGUGACCAGCCCAUACACAGAUCCUCAGAGAGUUAUUGCUUGCCGAAGUUUCCAUGCUGUUCUCCUGGUUCUCCUCUACAAGGCAUUGAAUGAAACCUCUUCCACAGACCAUCUGUUAGCUUUGACUGUGUACCUGCUGGAGCUCACUGUUGAAUACCAAGCCAAACAUCAUUCACAAAGUGGUGAACUUGUUGCAGCCCAGUUCUAUGAAAAUGUGACAGAAGAGGUUGAUGACAGACCAGAUGGGCAGUUUUGCAAGUGGUUUUUGACAGAUGACAUAUUUACAAAUGCCAAUACUGUGGUAUCUAGAGUGGAUCUCAACCCCACUCCAUCCAUCAGCUCUAGCUCAGAUGGUGAGUUAGAUGGAUCGGACUUGGAAAUGGAUGAAUUGGAGGGAGGAGAGCCACGCUUGGCACUUCAUGGUGCACCAAGACCACGCCCACUCCCAUCGGGCUCAGAGCUGGUGCUCUACCAGGAAGCAGCCUCAGCUGUUGUACCCACUGGGGAAACUCCCACAACGCCAGACACUCCAACACAGGAUCACUUGUCACCUCUGGCUCUACCACCACCCACAACAGGGAACAUGCUUGUGCCAGUCACACAGAGUGGUUCUCCAGGAGUGGCAGCACAAGCAUCAUUACCAGCCCCAGUCCAGUUUCCACCCCUGCUAGCAGGGACAGAAGUGGGAAGGAGAGGUGGUGGUGGCCGAAGCAGCAGUAGCAGCAGUCCAAGCUGCAGUAACAGGAGGCACCAUGGCCGGUCCUAUGUGGUGCCUCACCCCCUACACCUGCGGUCCCGCCGACCAGCUGGCCCUGCCAAGGCUCUGCUUCCUGCUGGAGGGGAUGGUUCCAUGCCUCCUUCAGUGCAGACCUCACCUCCCACACCUGAACUCUCUCAUUUCUCUUCGUUACCACAGCUUGACUCUGGAGAUGAAUACAUUGCAGUGGAAGAAUCUAUCAUCUCUCUUCUCAUCAAGCUUCACUCCAAACUCACAGGGAAACCUAAUUCUUACCGUCCAAACUUCGAUGAGUCAUCAGACUCAAGGAUAGGAGACGGACCUUUCUUCAUCGCCAAAUUGCUCAACAAGAUAGGACGAUAUGAACCCUCUGCCAGACAAGGGAUACUCGACACUAUAUCUCGCAUCUACUGUAAACGGGAAGAAGACUCCUCGGCAUCUUCAGAAGAAGAAGCUAGAGCAAGGGAAGAGAAGCGAAAACGUGCCAAGGAGCGACAGAAGAGGGUAAUGGCGGAAUUUGCCUUCCGUCAACGUCAGUUCAUGGAACAGAACAAAGCAGAAGCAGCAGAAGCAGAGGCAAGCGGGAAUGAUGCAAUGGAAGUAGAGGAAGAGCAGCCCGAGAGGCAUAAAGAAUAUGACUGUGUUAUAUGUAACCAAUCAAUACCGUCCACUCCUGAGAGACCAGUGGGACUCGUAGUGUUAUUACAGGCAACCAGUGUUCUUGGCCACAGAACUUCUCAGCAGAAACCAUUUAGUGUUCCUACUUCAGAUUCUGAAAGAACAAGAUUAAAACAACGAAGGUUUACCCUAGGCCAAUUUAUGGAAGAAAGAGCAGACACCUUGAAUAGAUACUUUGACUAUAACUCAUGGCUGGUGUCCAUGAAUAAUGGUUGGGAAGGUGGUGUUCAUGUACAGACUUGCGGACACCACCUUCACUUGGACUGCCACCAGUCGUACCUCCUUGCACUUCGUUCACAGCACCGACCUAACAGCACCUUGAAUGUCGAUAAAGGUGAAUAUUGGUGUCCUUUGUGCCGACAACUUGGCAAUGCAGUGUUACCCAUCUCUCCUGAAAUUGGCGAUUUAUCUGCCCUGGUAAAACAUCCCUCCACAUGUGAUAGUGAUUUGGUGGAAGAGGUUGACAGGUUACUUCAUGACCUCACUGUGCCUACGUUUAGCAGUACGCUGACAAAUGCGAUGGCUCGCAUGAUGGAAGACAUGACCAUCGCCACAUAUGCCAAGUACCGAAAUGUGUCAUCCAACCCCUCAACACCAUCUCUCUUCAUGUUUGUGUCCUCCAUUCUAAGGACAAAUCUAGAAGUGGAGUUAGUACAGCGAGGUGGAAUGUUGGUUUACCAAGCAGAGGAUGUGAAAAUGGAUGUUAAGCGUUCCUGCCUUAUGCCUCUUCUUCAUGUAUUGGGAUUCCACUCGAAGAUCCUGAGUGGAGGUGGAGACUCAUCUGUUGGAGGUGUAGGAGGAGGAUUACACUGGAUCAGGCAGACAUGGGCCUCCAUCACACAGCGACCAGUGACCGGUAGUGAAGGAGCUGUCACUCUAAGAGAGAGGGAAGUUCCCAUCCUCCUCAGAGAUCCUGUGACACUCCUUUUGCAGCUCAUUCUGUUGCUGCCAUCAAGGAUUGAUCAAGGCUACUUAAAGUGUGUAGUUGGUAGUGUAUAUCGCGUUGCGGUUGUGCGCGCUGCAGUGUCUGCUCUGCGGUCACUGAAUGAAAGCCAGCGUGAGCAGGCAACAACAGGAGGCCCACUUGCUCCUCUUUUAGCAUUGGCUCACAAUACUUUACGUGAUAGUCCUUUCUUCUGCGAUGAUCAAGUGCUCUUGGCUGACCAAGCACAGGAGUCUUGGACUGUGAAUGAUGUCACAUGCCAGGUUCGAGAAACUUGCCUACAGUUUUUGCGUGUUGCUGCACUUCUGAAAGCACACCUCAUGGAGGAAAAUGCACCUGUCAUCGCUGAUCCCCUUGCAGAGUGUGGAACUUUAGAACAGUACCUAGGAGUAUGGGAUAGCUGCUCAGUUGUCAAUUCUGCAAUAAUGGGCAAUAUGUGUGGCACAUAUCGAGCAAGUGAAGUAUCCAGCCCUGUGGAGACCCGUCUGGGAGAUUUGGCUUGUGGUGCAAGAGUUUGGUGUAGUGAGGUUGCAACCUUUGCUUCCCAGGCACAAGUGGCAGCAUCAGCUCUCCUCACUACCAUUAACUUUGCACAACCCCGUCUCCUUCGCCUGCCACACUCGUACGAUGCCAUAUUUCAGUACUAUCACAGACGGCAGUGUUCACAGUGUAACAGUGUCCCAAAAGAUCCAAGUGUUUGCCUACUCUGUGGCACCAUAGUCUGCUUGCGGGAACCUUGCUGCAAGCAGCAGGAAGUAUGCGAGUGUGUGCAACAUGCAAUAGACUGUGGAGCAGGAACAGCCAUCUUCCUGGUGAUCAACUCUUCAACAGUGAUAGUGAUACGAGGACCAAGAGUAUGCCUUUGGGGUUGUGUGCAUCUAGAUUCCUUUGGGGAAGAAGAUCGUGACCUCAAGCGUGGGAAGCCUCUGUACCUAAGUGAAGACCGCUACCGCUUGCUGGAGCAACAGUGGCUCUCACAUGCAUUCGACCACACCAAUAAACGCUGGAUUUGGCACCGAGACAUUCUCUGAGGCUAAAUAGUUUUAAGGCUUUAAGAUGAUAAAUGGUAAAAGCUCGGCAUUACCAAAUUUAUUUGGAUGUAGAUUAUUCGGUGCUUGAUGAAACAAUAAUUUUGAAUGCUUCACUAUUUUUUGUUUUAUUGUUUUUAAUUUUUAUUUUGUUCUUAAUACCCUAUUUGUAAUUCAUAUUAUCUAUCAAAUGUAGAUACUAAUCUAUUCUAAUGAAAUACAUACUUUUUUCACCCCUUAACACUUGAUCUGUCAUCAGUCAGAGGCUUUAGCUUGUUAUACUGGAUAUAUAGGCCAGUUUUAAUUUAAACCUUUUGGAUACAGAUUUUCAUUGAGAGAUAGGAUGAAGUGAAGCAAGAGGGUCUCUAGUGAUUAGGAGUUGGCAAAGUAUCAUGUGUGGUUCUUGAAUGGAUUGAUGGAAAGAAACCAGCUUUAAUUGCAAUUUCUAAAUUAUAUUGUCCCUGUAUUUGUCCAGCUGUAUUUUUGCGUUCAGUAAAAGUAUUUUGAUCGGCUAGCACAUGAUGACCCUAUUCUCUUAUUGACAUAUUGUGAUAUAUUUUGUUUGCAUAUCCAGAGGUGGAUGCAUGUUGGUAAAACCAGAGAGAAUGUCUUUCUUUAACAGAUAUAUUAAAAUAGUAAUGUGCAUUUGAAGGUAAUUGGCAAGUUUUUUGGCAUGUAAAAUUCUUGCAGAGUAAAUGUCCUACAAAUCUUGUUUGCUUAAGCAUGCUCUUUCAAGUAUAGAAAUAUAUGCAGAUUAUUAAGGCAAAGAAAAAUAAGAAUAACUAUGUACAGGCCUAUUAUUUGUUGUAUUAAUUUCAUCCAAAUAGCUUCUCCAGAAUGAAUUUUUAUUUCAUGGUGAAUAUUUGGGAUUCAUAGCAAACUACUUUUUAAAAUUACAUAGAGGGGAAAGAUUUUUCUGGUAUGGUAAACAUUGGUCAAGACCUUAGUGUCAUGGGUAAUUAUGAAAUACACCUCUUUUCUUACUAGCUGUUUGCAAUAAUAGCAACAGUAAGCAAUGCCUUGGAAUUCUUUAGCAAUAGAAUACUCCUUUCUCUUUCUAAACUUCCUAUACAAUUGUGUGUGAGUGUGUUUGCAUGUAUAUGUCUCUGUGUAUGUGUAUUUAUCUGUGGAUGCCUGUGUCCAUGUAUCCAUUUGUUUGUGCAUUUGCAUAAAUUUGUAUUUAUACACAUUACGCAUUCACUGUUACAUGAAGACACAUGCACUCUCGUCCUACCCCCUCUCACACAUACCAGCUCAUUCUGUUAUUUCCAAUCUAUCUCUCUCUCCCCUCUCUCUCACUCACAUUCACACAUACUUGUUAUACAUAUACAGACAUCUGUCAGUUUUUUUCUGUUAGGCCUAUCAUUACAGUGUAGGUGGCAUUGAGGCUUUGUGUACCCUCACUGCUAUUACCAAAUGAAUUGAGUAAGUCUUAUUUGUUUGUAUUUCUCUAAAAAGCUCAAGUAAUAUUUAAGUUUGCUAAACUAGGUGAUUAAAAACUCUUGUGUACUUUUUACAAAGAAUUGGUGUACAUAGUUAUAGAUUCUAAUUAUGGAGGGAGGAAGCUGAGAGCAGAAGAUUGUUGUAUUUUUUAUUUUAAUUCUAAAAUAAAGAAUUGAGUUAUAUAUGUAUAAUUAUGGCUAUUUGUCUUACAUUUUGACUUUUUUUCCUUUCUUUCAAAUCAGAGAAUGCAUCUUUGGCAUAUAACCUAUGUAUUAGUAUAGUUGUUUUUCAUAGUGAGAAUUAAUUAGGUUUCUUUGUGAGGCAUGGAAUGUGAAGACACUUACAUUAUUUACUGUGUUUUGACAGCUUGUGUGAAACAAGAUCAUGUACUUAUUUAACUGAUGUCUCGGUUAUGCACUGGCUUGUUUGUGCCUGUACUCACUUCUUUUUUCUCUCUCUUUCUCACUUAUCUCUUGUUCACAUUUUUGUUAUCCUUGUCACAAUUCCUCUUGUUAAUACAUAAGAGAAUGAUUACCAUGUGUUAUAUUAUGUUUUCUUUCCUUUUCUUUAUUUCUGCUUCUACGCAAGUGUAUAGAUUAUAUUUUGAAUGCUACACCAUGUUCUAUUUUUAUCUAUUUUUCUAUCUCUUCUGAUACUGCAUUCUGUUUUCUUCUCUCCUGCUAGACUGUUGUGACCUGAGGCUUCACUCUGGGGCUGUGUGACUUGACAAGGAUCAGGUGCAUUACCUUAUUGUGGGAUUCUUGUUACCUUGAAUAAGGACGGUUCCAAGCAUCUCGCCUUGAUGGAUUACCUAUUUGUUGCCCUAAUGUGAUAAUUAUGUUAGUGUGAUGUAUGUUAUAUAUUUCCCUGACUGGCUUCAGUUAUUAUUCUUAGUAUGUGAAAGUUACUUUGAUGUACAACUUAUCUUUUUUUUUUUUCUUCUUUUUUUUUUCUUUCCUUUUUUUUCAUAUUAUUGUAUAAUUCACCCAGAUUUUACAAUAUUUUGUGUAGUGACAUUUUUGGUGUAUUAACUUGCAUGAAUAUCUGACAUAUGACAAGCAAUAUGAUAAUGUAUUACAAAAAUGCAUGGCACAUUUUUUGGUGUGUGUCGCCUUGUGUAUAGCAUGAGGUAAGCUUGUUGUCAAAUAACACCCUAACCUUUGACCUAUGCUGACUUAUUGUAUGACAGGGUCAGUCUGUUGCACUUAAUUGUAACAGGUAUUUUGAAGUGACAUGUGUGAGUGUGUUACAGGCAUAUUGGCAUCAUAAAUAACAAGUAUAUUAUUUUGAUAUAUGACAUUUGAUGACUUGAAGACAGGUGUAUAAACUAGUCAACCUUGUUCUCAGAAUUUGUUACUGGCAUGAAUAGCAUCUUCUUGACUGAUUGGAAAAAGCAAUUGUGCAUUAAAUUUUACUUGUGAUAGUGCUUUUAAGGUGUAGAAGAUAUAUUCAAGACAACCCAUAAAUAAUUUUCUUCAAAUAUUUUUUUGAAGGUCUUUAUACUGCAUAAUAUUUUAUUAGAAUUUAAGAGUCUGUAAUGAUAUAUAGUGAUGGCUACAUGCAUGGAAAGUUCAGAACAUUUCUGUUGAGGGAUGUUAGCAAUACUGAAAAAAGAAAUAAAAUUGAUACUAAGAAUGACUACCCUUUAUAAUAACAGUUAUUGUCUGAAGCUUAUCAGUAUCAACCAAAUAAUCAUAUUUAAAUGUGUAACUAUGCUAUCAUAAUCUUCCAUAGUUUAGCUAAACUAUAUCCACUCAACAUGAUAGUACUGUGACCAUACUGAGUGUGGAUGUGUGUUUCGUUAAGACACACAAAGGUACUCUUCUUUAAAUGCACGUGCAAUAUGCUAUACCUCAUCAGAGGAAGUGGAACUUCUUGUAAUAUACUUGUAUUUAUAGUUCAUUGUAUGAAUUGUAUAAAAUUAUUUUCCAGAUUAUGGGAUUUCUUGAUAAUCUAAUAUUAGUGUUAUAUUUCUGUUUAUCCAACCUCCUCUUAUUCCCAUUAUUAUUUAUUUUUCUUGUGAAUAUAUUUGUAUGUACUAGCUUUUCUUCUUGUUAGAAACAAUAUUCUGGUUAUUAAAUAUGUAAACUUGUUACAUAGUCUCAACCUCCCUUUUUAUUUAUUAAUUUUUGGGUGGAAUAACAUGCAUUGAACCAUGUAUAAAUAUUGUAUGUAUUAAAGUUGUAUGUUACAUUAAGAGCUUGUAUGUUAUGACUGAAAUUACACAAGGAAGGGCAA